GCAGCCGGCACGGCGAGGGCGCUCUGGGGAGGGGGGGUCUCUCCCUGCGGGGGCAGCCCGGGGAAGCAACAAGUCACUCGCCCCCCCAACGCCGCCGCCUUGGGCGCAGAGGAGGGAAGGGCGACCGGCCGCGAACCACCUGGAGCCCGGAAUCGCCCCUGCUGUCCCCCGAGCUGCCCUGCUGGCUCUGCGGCUUCUCCGGGGGAAGGGGUCAGCGGCGGGUGCGGUGCCGGGCGGCCCGAGCGAAGGCGACCUCCUGGGAAGCCGCGGGCGAGCCCAGCUCCCCGACGUGCCGGCCGGCGGCUCUGCACGGCUUGGGCAAGCUCCACCAUGGCCCACCUGACCUGCUUCCUCCUGCUGCUGCUCUGCGUGGUCAUGGUGGCCUCUUCGGCCACGCCGGGCUGCAAGAUCAGGAUCACUGCCAAGGGCUUGGAGCUGGUGAAGCAGGAAGGGCUGCGUUUUGUGGGGCAGGAGCUGGAGAACAUCACCCUCGCCGACCUUCACGGCAAGGAGGGGCGCUUCCACUACAACAUCAGCAACGUGAAGGUGACGCACCUGCAGUUGGCGCUCUCCGACCUGCACUUCCAGCCCCAGCAGCACCUGGCCUUCAACAUCAACAAUGGCUCCAUCAGCCUGCGCUUCCGGCGCCAGCUCCUCUACUGGUUCUUCUAUGACAUUGGCUCAAUCAACACGUCGGCUGAGGGCGUGCACAUCCACACGCUGCUGGAGCUCUCGAAAGACAACAGCGGCCGCCUCAAGAUCUCCAACGUCAGCUGCAACGCCUCCAUCAGCCGCAUGCAGGCAGGAUUCAGCGGCACACUCAGAAAGGUAUAUAGAUUCCUGGGCACCUUGAUCACCACAGGGGUGCGCUACCUUCUCAGCCAACAGAUCUGCCCAGUGCUGAAUCAUGCCGGGCUUGUGUUGCUCAACUCUCUGCUGGACACGGUGCCAGUGCGCAACCCAGUGGAUGAGCACAUUGGGAUAGACUACUCCCUCCUGAACAAUCCCGUUGUUACUUCUGACACCAUGGACCUGGAUUUUGAGGGCAAAUUCUUCCCUUUGGGGGAUGAGAACAAGACGCUUCCCAACCUGGCCCCAGAGCCCCUCAUCCAGGAGACAGAGCGCAUGGUGUACCUGGCUGUCUCAGAAUACUUCUUUGACUCUGCUCUGUUUGCCUACUACCAGGCUGGCGUGCUGAGCAUGGAGAUUGCUGGUGAAAAGGUGCCAAAAGAUCUGGAAAUUCUGCUGAGAGCCACGCUGUUCGGGAGCAUUGUCAUGACGAACCCUUCAGUACUGGAUGCUCCUCUGAUGCUGAAGCUCCAAGUGUCAUCACCGCCACGCUGUAGUAUCAAGGCCACGGGCACGUCCGUUGCAGUCACAGCCACCCUCAGCAUCUUCUUGGCUCCUGUGGAACAACCCCUGAUCCAGCUUACAAGCAUGACCAUGGAAGCGCGGCUGAGUGCCAAGGUGGAGCUGUGCAAGAAAGCCCUGCAGGUGCAGAUGGACCUGAAGAGAUUCCGGAUCUACUCCAACCAAUCAGCGCUGGAAUCUCUGGCCCUGAUCCCGCUGCAAGGGCCCCUGAAGACGCUGCUGCAGUUGACCAUUAUGCCCAUUAUUAAUGAGAGAACCAAGAAGGGGGUCCAGAUCCCACUCCCGGAGGGCAUAGACUUCAUGAAGGAAGUAGUCACCAACCACAAGGGCUACCUGACCAUCGGUGCAGAUCUCCAUUUCUCCAAGGGCCUGAGAGAGGUGAUUGAGCAGUUCCGGAUGGCACCAGGUCCAUCGCCAACCACCGUGGCCGUCUGAGGGGCCCCAGGGCUGCUCCCCCUGCCAGCACUUCCUCCCUACUUUACUGACUCUUCACCCUCCCUCCCUCCCAAGGGCAGUGCCCGUCUGCCCUGGCAGCCCCUCUGCCCUCCAUGACGUGUGGCCCAGGCAGGCAUCAUCACCAGCAGAAGGCGGCUGCUACUGCUGUGGCUUUGGGAGCCUCAAUAAACAGGUUAAGACCA